AUGGGCUUCCUCGAGGCUCUGGCCCAUUAUGUCUCCGUCAAGGCAUUCGUCCUCGUCACAGUCGCCCUAUGGAUGGCCCGAAUAGCCAUCAACCGUAUAAGGGAACAUCGCAAGAUCAAGAGCAUCGGCAACUACGGCCAUACCCUCCAGCCUCGUCUACCAUUCGGCCUCGACUUCAUCUACUACGGCGUCCGCUCCACCAUCGCCCACAAGAACCUCGAGCUAUGGCGCGAUAUCUUCUUCGGCGGCGCCUCCUCCUCCCCCUCCCCCUCCUACACCUGCGAGAUGCGCAUCCUCAACGAGCGCGUCGUCCUCACCGCGGACCCCGAGAACGUCAAGGCCAUGCUGGCCACGCAGUUCCACGACUUCGGCAAGGGGCCCAACUUCAACAGGGAGUGGGCCGAGCUCCUCGGCGACAGCAUCUUCACCACCGACGGCGCCCAGUGGCACGACAGCCGGCAGCUCCUGAGGCCGCAGUUCACCAGGGUUCGCCUGAGCGACCUGCACUGCUUCGAGGCGCACAUCCAGGCGCUGUUCAAGGCCAUGGCCAACGGCGGGCCGUUGAACGGGGAGAACCAGGAGGUUGACCUCUCAGGGGCUGAUGGGCGACGGCUCGACAUCAGCGAGCUCUUCUACCGAUACACCCUCGACGUUGCCACCGACUUUCUGCUGGGCAGCGACGUCAAGUCCUUGUCAACCCCCAAGCAUGACAUCGCAGACGCCUUCGCCGAAGCCCAGCGCCUCCAAAACAUCAUGGUCCGCGCCUCCCGCCUGCGCUGGCUCACCCCCAAGGGCGCCUACCGCGCCCACAUCCGCACCAUCGACACCUUCGUCAACGGCUUCAUCCAGCGCGCCCUGCGCAUGAGCCCCGACGAGCUCGCCGCCCGCUCCGACGGCAGCAGCAGCAACAAGGGCGGCUACACCUUCUUGCACGCCCUCGCCGGCUUCACCCGCGACCCCAAGGUCCUGCGCGACCAGAUCCUCGCCGUCCUCAUCGCCGGCCGCGACACCACCGCCGCGACCAUGUCCUGGGCCAUCUACGAGCUGAGCCGCCACCCGCACGCCGUCCGCCGCCUGCGCACCGAGAUCCUCGAGACCGUCGGCCCCUAUGACGACGGCAACCGCCUGCCCACAUACGAGCACCUCAAGAACAUGCCCUACCUGCGCGCCGUCCUCAACGAGACGCUGCGCCUCUACCCCGCCGUCCCGUUCAACCUCCGCGUCGCCCUCAAGGACACGACGCUGCCCCGGGGCGGCGGGCCCGACGGCGCCGAGCCCCUGCCCGUCCUCAAGGGCACGAGGAUCGGGUAUUCGACCCUCGUCAUGCACCGCCGCCCCGACCUCUACCCGCCCGCCUCCGAGGCCUUCGCCGACCCGGCCGUCUUCAGCCCCGAGCGCUGGGCCGUCUGGCAUCCCCGGCCGCACGACUACAUCCCCUUCAACGCGGGCCCGCGCAUCUGCAUCGGCCAGCAGCUCGCGCUGACGGAGAUGAGCUACACGCUGUGUCGCAUCUUCCAGCGCUUUGAGCGCGUGCAGAGCUUCAUGGCGGAGAUUGACGGGGGGAACCCCUUGCUCAAGUCGGACAUUAUCCUGUCGCCGGGACACGGAGUGCAUGUGGCCUUUUGGGAGGCCAAGAAGGGAACGAACUGA